CUCCGCCCCGCUCCCCUCUGACCCGGUGUCUCGUUUCUCCGUCUUCCUGUUCCAAACCACGUGGACGCGCCGGGGCUGCGAAGCUGCGGGAAGGAACCCCGGUCGCCACUGCCGCUGUCGCCGCAGCUGCCUGAGUCGCGACCCCCGCGCGGAUCAGAAGUCCCUUCACCCCAGCCGCCCGCGCCUUGCGCAGGGCGCGCACAUGGCGACUCAGGCUCACUCGCUCAGCUACGUGGGCUGCAACUUCUUGCGCCAGCGUCUGGUCCUGUCGACUUUGAGCGGGCGCCCCGUCAAAAUCCGAAAGAUUCGGGCCAGAGACGACAACCCAGGCCUCCGAGAUUUUGAAGCCAGCUUCAUAAGGCUGUUGGACAAAAUAACAAAUGGUUCUCGAAUUGAAAUAAAUCAAACAGGAACAACUUUAUAUUAUCAGCCUGGCCUCCUGUAUGGUGGAUCCGUGGAACAUGAUUGUAGUGUCCUUCGCAGCAUUGGCUAUUACCUAGAGAGUCUUCUUUGUCUGGCUCCAUUUAUGAAGCACCCAUUAAGAAUAGUUCUGCGAGGAGUGACCAAUGACCAGGUUGACCCUUCGGUUGAUGUUCUUAGGGCAACGGCCCUCCCAUUAUUGAAACAGUUUGGGAUUGAUGGUGAAUCAUUUGAGCUAAAGAUUGUGCGACGAGGAAUGCCUCCUGGAGGAGGAGGUGAAGUGUUUUUCUCAUGUCCUGUAAGGAAAGUCCUGAAGCCCAUUCACCUCAUAGAUCCAGGAAAAAUCAAACGUAUCAGAGGAAUGGCGUACUCUGUGCGUGUAUCACCUCAGAUGGCAAACCGGAUUGUGGAUUCUGCAAGGAGCAUCCUCAACAAGUUUAUACCCGAUAUCUAUAUUUACACAGACCACAUGAAAGGAGUCAACUCUGGGAAGUCUCCAGGCUUUGGCUUGUCACUGGUUGCUGAGACCACCAACGGCACCUUCCUCAGUGCUGAAUUGGCCUCCAACCCCCAGGGCCAGGGAGCAGCGGUGCUUCCAGAGGACCUCGGUAGGAACUGUGCCAAGCUACUGCUUGAAGAAAUCUACAGGGGUGGAUGUGUGGACUCGACCAACCAAAGCCUUGCUCUACUGCUCAUGACCCUUGGACAGCAGGAUGUUUCCAAACCUCAUUCUGCUGUCCAGUUUAAUCUUCCAAUUGCACGAAAUGACAAAGGUGUUGUACUGCACAUAGCCAUCACUAUGAACAUCUGCUUCCCAGCCACAGGAGACAUGAGGAGAAUGGGGCUGGAGGUAGGAGGACAUUCUGAAACAUACCUUAAUCCAGUCUCCUAUACAGUCUUCCUCAGACAGGCUGAGGAGUUGGCAGAACAUUAUAUAAAACGUGGAAGUGACUUUGCUUUUUCUAACUAUUCCAAAGGCUACAAAUAUCCCAAAGCUGCAAGAUCUGGAAAAUUAAAAGCUUGGGUUCUAGGUGGGAGGAGAAUUUCUUUUAAAUUGAAUUACUACUCUUUUAUUCCUCCCUCCUUUUUUUUUUUUUUUAGGAUAGAAUUUUUGCGGCAUUUGAAGAGCUUUUUCCAGAUUAUGUUUAAAAUUGAAACCAAGCCAUGUGGUGAAGAACUCAAGGGUGGGGAUAAAGUGCUGCUGACCUGUGUUGGCAUUGGCUUCUCCAACCUUAGCAAGACCCUCAAGUGAUACUGUCACAGAUAAGGGCCCCAACGCCUACAGAGAAAACAGAAGCUGCCAAGGACCCAAAGGGACCAAGUCCAGAUUCAUCCAUAGGAUAGCCUCUUGUGUUAAAGUCUUGAUUUUCCAUUUUUAUAUCUGAAUAAAAGACAUCUUUAUAUCAUGUGGUUUCCAGCCAUUUCUCCAGUGGCAUUGACAUUCCUCAGGAGGCCCUGUCAUGGAUGAGAGCCCCCUUGGCUUACUUGGACAAAGAAUGUGCCUUUUAGGACGUAGUUGUGCUGCUAGACCAACAACAUGACUGUGUUUCAGCAAUGCUUCCUCAGUCCACAUCCCUGGGCUUCUGUCGUGUGGCCAUUUUCCAGACUGUGGAAUCUGUUACUGUUUUUUCUGCAAGGACUGACCUUUUUGAACCUUUGUGUCUGUGGGGAUUAAAUGAGAUAACAUGAGUGGAAACUCUUUAUGACUAGUGUAGUAUUAUGCAAAUGUCAGAAAUCAGUAUAUCAGACUGUCAUCUCUGGUCUUUGGAAUGGACUCUGCUGUCUUGGAGACAGAUGUUGCUCCCUGUCUGGUUCAUUGUCUGUAUAUGUGGGGGGAUGAGUACCUGGGGAGGGCAGGAGUCCAAUUAAAGUUAUUGGAUAUUUUCUAUA